AUCUCCAGAGGUCCCUUCCAGCUCCCACAGGUCUGGGGUUCUGUGACGGCAGUAGGUUUCAGCUGUAACGCUCAACCACACCAUGUGGUACGCAGCAGGAAAGGAGUACAAUGUGUUGACCUGUUGGGUUUUUUACUAAUGCAGCCUCAUGCUGUUGCAUGCCUGGUGUGUACCGACCAUUGUGUGAUAAGUUUGACUUAACUUCAUAAUGUGUUUCUUUAGGUGUGGCAGUUAUCAGAGAGAAUAAGUAUCAAUGUGUGCUCCCUGCUGGACUGGAAGCGUUGCAUGGCUGUCCACCUCUGGUACCUGCUUCCUCCAACAGCUUCUAUUUCCAAGGCACUUGCCAUGUAUGAGUUGGCGUUUCAGAACACACCAGAGUGUGAAAAAUAUGCCUGCUGUCCUCUGCCUCCUUACCUAGAAGAUUCUGGCUGUGUAAUUGAAGAUGAUGAUAAUGCAGGAAGACCUCUGAGAGAUGUCUGUUUCCAUUUGUUAAAGCUCUACAGUGACAGGCACUAUGAUCUUGACCAGCUCCUUGAUCCCAGGAGCAUAACAUCUGACCCUCUGGACUACCGUCUCAGCUGGCACCUGUGGGAAGUGCUCAGAACCCUGAACUAUUCCCACCUAUUCAAGCAGAGUCGAGGGGUGCUGAAUACUAGCUACGCUGCCCAGCUCGAAAGCGAAGGGCUUUGGGAAUGGGCCGUUUUUAUACUGCUGCACGAGCCUGACACACACAUACGGGAGAAGGCAGUGCGUGAACUCUUAAAUCGGCACUGCGUCCUCUCAGAGACACCGGAGUCUUGGGCCAAGGAGACUUUUCUGACACGAAGGCUCUGCGUCCCCCCAGAGUGGAUUCACGAAGCAAAGGCAGUUCGAGCAAGGAUGGAGGGUGACAAGCAUAAAGAAGCCCUCUUCUUGUUCAAGGCUGGGCACUGGAACGAGUGUCACAAGCUGGUUGUCAGGCACUUGGCCUCAGAUGCUAUUAUUAACGAAAACUACAAGUACCUGAAAGGAUUCCUGGAAGAUCUUGCCCCUCCAGAGCGCAGUGCACUCAUCCAGGACUGGGAGAUGGCGGGGCUGGUCUACCUAGAUUACAUCCGUGUUAUCGAGAUGCUUGAUAGGAUUCAGCAGCUGGAUUGUUCCACCUACGAGCUGGAGCGGUUACAUACCAAAGUGACGUCGCUGUGCAACAGGAUAGAUCAGAUCCAGUGCCACAACGCAAAGGACCGCCUGGCUCAGUCGGAUAUGGCCAAGCGCAUCGCUAACCUGCUGCGGGUGGUCCUCAGCCUGCAGCAUGCCCCAGAGCCCAUCCCUGACUCCACGCCCGACCUGCAGCGCGUCCCGCUUCGCCUGCUCGCUCCCCACAUCGGACGGCUGCCUAUGCCCGAGGACUAUGCCUUGGAGGAGCUCCGCAGCCUCACCCAGUCUUACCUUCGGGAGCUGACAGUAGUGACUCACUGAGGAAGGAUCCCUUCCACCGAUGGACAGUUUUUACCGUUUGUUAACCCUUACCACUCUUCUGAGGGCGAACAACCUCUCCAGCCACGCAGGUUUUUCCAUAGAGGUGUAAAACAGCUUUAGUAUGUGGGCUAACGCAGGAAUUUUUGUAACCUGGGGGAGGAUUGAGACUGGUUGGACCUUGCUGGCUGGCACCCUCAACCACACCACGUUUUCCUAGAAUCAAUAAAGCGCCUCUUGCCGAA